AUGGUAGAAGGCUCGGAGUCAACGGCAGAGACCGACCACGAGUACGCCCCCUCUACCAAUCGGUCAUCAACCUACCGUUCGGAAACGCCAACAAGGUACUCGGAGGUCAACCCGAUCAAGUCCCCUCAGCAUUCGGGACACCACACAGAAGAGGAGAUCCCAAGCCUGGACCCUGUCAUUCGCCUCCUUCUUCAGAGAAUGCAGAAGAUGGAGGACGACAAGACUCGUUCUCAGGAACCCGAUUGGGGAAGGCUUUGGCCAAAACCGGUCACCGAACGGAUAAGGCGCUCACGGCAGGACAGAGAUGUACAGCCAUUGUGCAUACCGUUUUAUUUUGGGGUCGAAGAUCCCCUGACACACUUGCAUUCCUUCCAAUCCACCAUCGGAAGCAAAGGCCUUAGUGACGAUGGCCAAUGCCUGCUGUUUCCAUCGGCAGGAGUAGCGCUGAACUGGUUCUACCGAUUGGAGCCAGGCACGGUGGACUCUUUUGACGAGUUAAAGCAAAUAUUCCUCAACCAUUUCAUGAUCCAGACCGACCGUUUAUACUCGGCCGACGACCUGUACACCGUUUGGCAAAAAGACAAUGAGCCUUUGCUUGAGUACACUGCACGGUUCAGCCAUGAAUACUCGAGAUGUCCAGAUACUGAUGAUAGGGCCGCUUUCGGUGCAUUUAAGAGUGGCCUUCGGUCCUCACACUUUCGGUAUUUGGUACAUAGCAACAAUUGGUGCACGUAUGACGAACUGAUGAAACAGGCGACAAUCCACGCAAAAGCCGAGUACUUCAAUUCGAAGACCUAG